GUUUAAUUGUGAUUGGUAUGACACGAACCGAGGAAUACAUGUCAAUGUUGAACACGGAAUUGUUGAUGUCAAUCCAAGGUUUAAACUUUCAAUGGGGGAGCCAUUUUGCCUUGCUAGUCGAGCACAACAAGUUUAUUAUAUUCCAUAUCCAGCAGCCACAGAUAGAACUACCCGGGGAUGGUUGGCAACAUGUAAAAUCAAAUCUAAACAUGUAAUUGAGACCUCAUCUACCUCAUUUUCAAGAGAGGUUGAUGGUAUUUUUCAAGAUGAUGACCCCUCCAUAAUGCAAGGCUCUUCAUUAGCUAUAGAUUUAACUGCAUACCAAUCACUUCAACUAUCUGCAGAAGGUGUUACAGAAGUUGAGGUUGAUGCUAAUACAGCUGAAGAAAAGAAGGACUAUGGAGAAGAAAAAGAUUCAGAAUCCUCAGGAAAUAGUGAUAAUGUUGAGGAUGGUGAUGAUAGCGAUGAUAGUGAUGAUUAAUUGAAAUAUCUGUAUUAUUACUUAUUAAAUAUAUGUAUUAAAAUUUCUUUGUCUUACAUAUAUUGUUUUAUCAAGUUAUAUAUUUUUCAUUUAAAAUAAAAUUAUUGUAUGAUU